AUGCUGGAGGCAGGCAUUACCGCACUAAAAUUAAGAAUGUCCAAAACCACCAAGGGGGAGAAGAUGCAUAUACUUGCCAAAUUAGACAAAGCAUCUCUUAAAUGCUGCAAAAAAUAUGGAGUGCCUGAUUGGCCUGUAGCUAGCAGUAUAGAAUUAAAGACUUGUAUUAUCAAAACUGGUCUUUUAGAAUCGGAAGCAAAAUCUAUCAGCAUUAAAGAAGGGUCACAUAUCAUACUAACAAAGGACAUGGCGCAUUACAAAACUUGCAAUAAUCACAAGAUAUUUGUCGAUAACGCAUGCUUGACCACAGAAGUCAAAAUUGGAACUGAAAUAUCUAUUGGCCAAGACGAAAUUAUAGUUCACUGCACCGAAAUUAUCGAUGAUAAAUCGAUUCAAUGUAUUGUAACGAAAGGUGGCCAGUUAUAUGAUCUCGAUAACGUAUCAAUGAGAGGUAUUAAGCGUAAGAGGCCGACACUUGGCAAUACAGACUUCCAAAUCAUUAAAUUUGCUUUGGAAUAUCAGCUCGGUAAACCAUUUUUCUUGUCUGGAGACAUACUUCAAGAUACUUUAACAACAGGUGAACAUACGGACCGUGAAGUGUCAGAUAUAACGAACGCCCUACUUGAUGGAGUUAGUGGCUUCAUUUUAAAACAAUACCAAGAUGUGAAUUUCCUCAUCAGAGGCAUAAAGUCUUUAAACAAGCUUUGUCGAAGUAUAGAACCGUAUACGAAUUCCAAGGCCAAUUUUCUGCGGAUCGUUGAUGAGAUCAAGUUGCCGAUGAACGCAGCAGAAGCAGCCAUGCUUUCUUGUGUUGCCGCUGCCUAUCAAUGCAAAGCAAGAGCUAUCGUCGUUCCUACUGUAACAGGCAGUACUGCUAGAGCACUUCUACGUAUGAAUCCCACUUGCCUCGUCAUCACUGUUGGCACUAAUAUUAACGUCAAUAGGUUACUGAAAUCCUAUAAACCACAUCACAUAUGGCAGGUUAAUGUAGAAGCUAAGAUUGUCUUCGCAGUCCAAUACGCAGUGCAUAGAGGUUGGCUCGGUUACGGAGAUAAAUAUGUGACGCUACAACGAGGCACGGAAGAGAGUUCCUUUUGUGACCUGGUACGCGUGUGGCCCGUCACGAAUUAUAAAAAACCAUUAGUUGAAUGCAAUUAUGAUGAACAUGAUCAUAAACAUCAUGACCACAAGCGUUACGAAUCUAAACAUCGUGAACAAGAAGUUGAAAAGAAGCUCAAUCUUCAAAUUAACAAUAAGUAG